GAAUUUACAAGAGGCUCAAACUAAAUGAAAUGAAUAGUGCGAGACCAGAGUCAUGAUCCGCAUGCGAAGAAGAGGUUUGCUCUGGAGAGAAGAGCAGAAGAAGCAAGCCUGCGAGGACAAGUUGAAGUUGAUUGAGCAGUUGAAAUGUAAUGAUAAAUGGGCACUUCUCGAGCAGAGACUAAAAGCGGCGAGACGAGCCGAGGCUCAGGAGCGGAAUAAUAUGUUGAAGAAAAGAAGAGCUUCGACUUCUCAGCUUCCCGACUCUUCCCAUUUGGACGGGAGAUGCAGAAUGAAGGUCAAGAUGCGACCUACGCUAUCGGCUGCAGAAGAAGAUGAAGCAUUCGAUGGCUACGCUUCUGCUCUCUAUAUCUUCAUGUGGGCCAUGUUGGUCUUGCUGGUUUUGCUCGUCAUCAGUACCCUCUACCAGUUCUGCAUGGUCGUAGACUUGAACUGGACCAACAAGUAACGAACACGGUCGAGAUUGACGGAGCUUAUCUU